AUGGAAUCCAUACAUCGUCUCGCAACAACCGAAGCCCUACGCUCACUGGAUCAUGUAGAUCUCACGUUGAAAUUGGAACUGGUAGACAACAUACGGAGUAAUUUUGAGCUCACACAAAACCGCCUGGAAGAAGAAGAUCCUGACGAAUUAGAUACUGAUGCUCGACAGCAGUUCUUGAACAUAUUUAUUUCAGUCAAAGGCGCCAUCACUCGCGAGCUACAGUCCAACCGCUUAGAUAGCCAUUUACAUUCAACCACACGCAAUUUUUCGCCUCAGGACUCGCAAUCUGUGGUUGUUCUUAAGCAACCAAAAUCUUGUUUACCGGAACUGAAGUUGCCAACGUUUAGAGGCAACUACUCAGAUUGGCCACAAUUUUUCUCCAUGUUUCGCACCAUAAUUGACCGAGAAGCUGAAUUAACUAAAGUGGAAAAACUCCAACAUCUCCGCUCAUGCCUUGCAGAUGCCGCGUUGGACACCAUAAAGUCCUUAGAAAUUCGCGAAUCUAACUAUGAUAAAGCUCUUGAAUUACUAAAUAACCGAUUUGAUAACAAGCGUUUAAUUUUUCAGGCACAUAUCCGUGAGUUGUUUGGACUAGAAAGUGUCGAAGGAAAGGUGGCAACAAAUCUCCGGCGGUUAACGGAUAAAUUUUUGUCACAUAUUCGUGCAUUACAGACUUUAGGCAGCGUAGAACAAUUGGCCGACAGCUUGCUGAUACACAUCGUUAUGCAGAAACUUGACUCCGCUACUCAAAACAUGUGGGAGGAAAAAAUGUCAUCCAGUGAGCUACCCACUUGGGAAGGCAUGGCGUUGUUCCUAGAAAAAAGGUGUCAAACUCUGGAGAAUGUUGCGUUUGCUACGCUCGGUAAGACUCCAACUAAACAGGUGAGCAAAUAUGUGAAUCGCAACAAGUCUUUUGUGGUCUCGAAGCUUGCGCAAAGGUCAUGUGUGUUUUGCAAACACCUUGAUCACCUCAUUUAUACUUGCCCGUCAUUUGCGAAACUCUCCCCAAGCGAGCGCUGGAAAGAGGCAAAAAGUGCUGAACUUUGCCUGAACUGUCUUAAGCUUGGACAUCGAGUACAACAAUGCAAAUCCACUCACUGUUUUCGUUGUAAAGGUGCUCAUCACACCCUUUUACAUAAGGAUAUUCCAGAGCAACCCUUCCAAAAUGCCUCAUUGGCAGAAAGGUUUCCUCAACCAGGAUCAGCAGCAUCUUUGGUUUCCAUGGCGCCUCCAUGCAUAUCAAACGAGCACUCAAGCAUUAAACUAAACGAAUCCGUACUACUAGCUACCGCAACGGUGUUUGUAAAAAACAGUGUUGGAUGUUCUAUCCCCUGUCGUGCUAUCUUAGACUCAGCUUCGCAACUAAAUUUCGCUACGAGCAGGUUAUCCAACCAACUACAAUUGAAGAAAUCGAAGUUCCCAGUAGCAGUUUCGGGAAUUGGAGACUCAGAUACAACAGUUGAGUACACAAUCAAUAUUAUUUUUAAAUCUAUUCACAGCGAUUACACAAACACUAUUACGGCGUCAAUAAUUCCCACCAUUACUGAGCAGCAACCAACCACCACUUUCAGCAUAUCGCAAUGGGUCAUACCUAAGAACAUAAAAUUGGCCGAUCCAUCAUUUAAUACUUCUCGUAGGAUUGACCUCUUAAUUGGAGCCGGCAUAUUUUUUGACUUGUUGUGUGUCGGCCAAAUACGUCUUAAGGAACCAACACACAUUUUGCAAAAGACACGUCUCGGGUGGAUCGUCUCUGGCGGUAAACAACGCUGCAACAUCAGCUCUUCGUGCGCGGUGUCAUCCAAACUCGUCGAAAGCAACGAACCACAUGGAUCACUUGAUCAAAUGGUCCGCAGUUUUUGGGAAACAGAAAAUUGUCUCGAAGGAACCACGAAGGUAACAAAAGAAGAACUAGAUUGUGAAAUACAUUUCCAAACAAACCAUUGCCGUUUGGGUACUGGCGAGUACUCAGUCCGUCUUCCUGUCAAACUGAGUCCAAGUAUGCUUGGUGACUCAUAUCAAUAUGCCUUACCCCGAUUAAUCUCUCUAGAACGACGCUUGCAGCGAAACGACAACGUAAGAUUACAGUAUUCAGCGUUCAUGCGAGGAUAUCUCGAUUUAAAGCACAUGACUCUUGUGGAUGCUCUCCCCAAUGUACCAACAUAUUAUCUUCCUCAUCACUGCGUUUUUAAAGAAGAUAGCACAACAACGAAAUUACGGGUAGUAUUCGAUGGUUCAGCUUCUACAACAAGUAACUACUCUCUGAAUGAAAUUCUUAUGACAGGUCCAACAAUUCAACCAAAACUUGCAGAAACUUUAAUACGUUUUAGGUCAAGGCCCAUCGCAUUAACAGGUGACAUAUGCAAAAUGUACCGCUGCGUACGCAUCACCUCACCAGAUGACUAUCUUCAGUGCAUACUUUGGAGGGAAAACCCGAUGGAAGAUGUUAAGACCUACAAAUUAGAGACUGUCACUUAUGGAACACGACCAGCAUCAUUCUUAGCUAUUAGAGCUAUGCACCAGCUGGCUAACGAUGAAGCCGAAUCUUACCCCCUUGGUGCUUAG